GGGCUUCUAGCUCAGGGCUCGCGAGUAGAAAUGAACCCACAUCUGAAAAAGAGUUCUGUGUGUUUUCACAGGCGAGAAGUGGAUUGACAUUUUAUCCACGUGAGGUGUGUGGCCACACCAGGUAGCUACAAUGGGCCAACGAAAGAGAUCACGAGCUGUGAAUAACCCUUUAACUCUGGGAGUCUCUGGACCUCCUGCACAGGUCGCUGGGGUCCCCAGCAGGAAGCACAACAUCUGCAUGGUGUCCGACUUCUUCUAUCCAAAUAUGGGAGGAGUAGAAAGUCACAUUUACCAGCUAUCUCAGUGUUUGAUUGAAAGGGGACACAAGGUGGUAAUUGUCACCCAUGCCUAUGGCAGGAGGAAGGGUGUCAGGCACCUGACCAAUGGACUGAAGGUCUACUACCUCCCCCUGCAGGUGAUGUACAAUCAGUCCACAUCCACAACUGUCUACCACAGUCUCCCACUGAUGCGCUGUGUGUUUGUAAGGGAACGCAUCACUGUGGUGCAUGCACACAGCUCAUUCUCCGCCAUGGGCCAUGAUGCACUGUUCCACGCCAAGACCAUGGGCCUUAACACGGUGUUUACUGACCACUCGCUCUUCGGCUUUGCUGAUGUGAGCUCUGUGCUGACCAACAAGCUUCUGACUGUGUCGCUGUGCGACACCAACCACACUGUGUGCGUGUCGUACACCAGUAAGGAGAACACAGUGCUCCGUGCAGCACUCAACCCAGAGAUAGUGUCUGUUAUUCCCAACGCUGUUGACCCUACGGACUUCACCCCCGACCCCUCCCAGCGCCCGGACGACAAGAUCACUAUUGUUGUUGUCAGCCGUCUUGUCUACCGCAAAGGAAUCGAUCUUCUCGGUGGAAUAAUCCCGGAGCUCUGCCUUAAACAUCCAGAUCUGCACUUUCUGAUUGGUGGAGAGGGACCGAAGAGACUCGUGCUGGAGGAAGUGAGAGAGAAAUACCAACUGCAUGACAGGGUCCGUCUGCUCGGGGCGUUGGAGCACAACGAUGUUCGUGGAGUUCUGGUGCAGGGUCACAUCUUCCUCAACACGUCUCUCACUGAAGCGUUCUGCAUGGCCAUUUUAGAAGGAGCCAGCUGUGGAUUGCAGGUGGUUAGCACUCGAGUGGGGGGGAUUCCUGAGGUGUUGCCUGAGGACUUGAUUACCAUGUGCGAGCCCACUGUGCGGGCGUUGUGUGCCGGUCUAGAGACGGUCAUCGCCCGGCAGCGUUCAGGGACCGUCGCCUCUCCCGCCUCGAUCCACGCUCGGGUGAAAGACCUCUACACGUGGAGAAAUGUUGCUGAGAGGACUGAAAAGGUGUACGACCGCGUGGCCGGCGAGGAGGUGCUUCCCCUGGACAGACGCUUGCGGAGGCUGAGGUCUCACUGCGGCCCCGUGGCAGGCUCCAUCUUUGCGUUCAUGGCCGUUCUAGACUUUCUGUUCCUGCUGAUUCUGCAGUGGUGGGCGCCAGAUGGGGUCAUGGACGUGGCCGUGGACGCCACCGGCCCCCGCGGACUGUGGAGGCAGGAGCCCCGCGGGGAAGCCGGAGCUCGUUCUGAAGGAGACACGAAGCAAGCGGCAGAACCGGAAACGUCGACGCUGUGAUCGCCCCGCGCCUCCCUUGUGAUUGCUGACACGGAGCGUAUGUUUGCGCGUGUGGUGCCACGUGACAUUUGAAAUAUGGCUGCUGACUGCACUCGUGGUAACCCCGGACAUUGUUUACAUUUACUAAAGGGACCUCUUGUGAAAGCAUUUUAUCUCGUUAUUUAUAUAUUUAAUGAUUUAAAAUAGAAACCUGUGGCACUCCUUUGCGAUUCAAUAAGCACUUUUUUGUUAGUCUGUCUCGAUGGAGCUGAACAGAGGGAGUAAAGGGCUCCCUGUCUUCUUACUCUCGGUUUGAUGCGUACUUUAUUUAGAACAAGGGUUUUGUUGGUCAAAUGUGGUUUGUGCAAAGGUGUAUGCAGAUGAGAGCAAAUUGUUGUUUAAGAAUAUGAGAUGUUUCAUAUUUAUAAAACAAACAAGAGAUUUUUUCAGGUGAUAGUGUGACCUCCUCGCCAGUCCACUCAAAUAAAGCGUACUUUCUCAUGUUU